AUAAUUAAUAUUUGAAAACAGAGAAAAGCAAUAAUUGGUAAGCAUAAAUAGAGAGGGGAAUCAUACUCAUCUUCAUAUCUUUCAGACAUUCCCAACUUUAUAGAUUAACCAAUCUAAGCAUUGCCACAAAACACAAGUAUCCUCUAAGUCACAACCUUCAAAGAAUAAUAAUCUCUGUGCUUCCCCUUUCAAGCACAAUUAUCCACAUCAAAUUGACCCUUAAAUGACCACUGAAUUGACAAUUGACAUGAAUCUACAUUAUUGUUAAGUACUAAUAAGAGUUCACCCAAACACUUCAAUUUCAACAACAAAAAUGACUUCAUUUCCUUCUGAUUCUUUCAACAUGAGAGUCACAGAAGAUGGAAAUCUUCAUCUUGAAGAUACAGAGAGGUCACAGUGGAUAAUAAACUCUCCAAAUCCACCACCUCUAUGGAAAAAGCUUAUUACUUCACUCAAGAAUAAUAAGUUUUUUUCUUCAUCUAAGAAGAAAACAACUUGCCAUGAAAAUGCUUUUUCUUUCUUUAGUAGUUUAUUUCCAAUCCUUGGUUUGUUCAAAAACUAUGAUGCUUUCAAGUUUAAAGAUGAUUUACUAGCUGGUUUGACUCUUGCUAGCUUAAGCAUACCUCAGAGUAUUGGAUAUGCUAAUUUAGCAAAACUUGAUCCUCAAUAUGGCUUAUACACAAGUGUGGUUCCUCCUCUUAUCUAUGCUGUGAUGGGGAGUUCAAGAGAAAUUGCAAUUGGACCUGUAGCUGUAGUGUCACUGCUGCUAUCAACCCUUUGUCACAAAGUGGUUGAUCCAGAGUUAAAUCAUGAUGAUUACAGAAAUUUUGUUUUUACUGUAACAUUAUUUGCUGGAAUCUUUCAAGUUGCAUUUGGAGUUUUCAGGUUGGGAUUUCUUGUGGAUUUUCUGUCACAUGCAGCACUUGUUGGUUUCAUGGCUGGUGCAGCCAUCAUGAUUGGUCUUCAACAGCUUAAAGGGUUGCUUGGGAUUAGUAACUUUACCAAUAAAUCUGAUGUUGUUUCUGUUUUGGAAUCUGUUUAUAAAUCACUCCAUCACCAAAUUCCAUCUGGAGAAUGGUACCCUCUGAAUUUUGUCAUUGGAAGUUCAUUCCUGAUUUUCCUUUUGAUUGCAAGAUUUAUGGGCAAGAAAAACAAAAAGCUAUUCUGGUUGCCAGCUAUUGCUCCUCUUGUAUCAGUUAUAUUAUCAACUUUUAUUGUGUAUAUAUCCAAAGCUGAUAAGAAUGGGGUUAAUAUAGUAAAACAUGUCAAAAGAGGCCUUAAUCCAAGCUCAAUUCAUCAAUUACAACUCAAUGGUGAACAUGUUGGACAAGCAGCUAAAAUUGGAUUCAUUUCUGCUGUUAUUGCUCUCACUGAAGCAAUGGCUGUUGGUAGAUCUUUUGCUUCAAUUAAAGGAUACCAUCUUGAUGGAAACAAAGAAAUGUUAGCAAUGGGUUGUGGGAACAUUGCAGGAUCAUUCACUUCAUGCUAUGUUGCAACAGGUUCAUUUUCAAGGACUGCAGUAAAUUUCAGUGCAAGAUGUCAAUCAUCAAUAUCAAAUAUUGUGAUGGCAGUGACAGUGAUUCUGUGCUUGGAAUUGUUUACAAGACUGUUAUAUUACACACCUAUGGCUAUACUAGCUUCUAUAAUCCUCUCUGCUCUUCCAGGAUUAAUUGACAUUAGAGAAGCUUGUUAUAUAUGGAAGGUUGACAAGUUUGACUUUUUUGCUUGCAUUGGUGCUUUCUUUGGUGUCUUGCUUGUAUCCGUAGAAACUGGUCUUCUUGUGGCUGUGUCAAUUUCGUUUUUAAAGAUAAUAAUACAAUCAAUUAGACCUGGAAUAGAAGUUCUAGGUAGAAUUCCAACAACACAAGCCUUCUGUGAUAUUAGUCAAUAUCCCAUGGCUACAACCACUCCAGGCAUCUUGGUUCUUCGUAUAAGUUCUGGCUCACUCUGCUUUGCAAAUGCUAAUGUUGUUAGAGAAAGAAUACUCAAAUGGGUCACUCAUGAAGAUGGACUUAAAGAAACUACUAAGGGAAAUGUCCAAGCAAUAAUAUUGGAUAUGACUAAUUUGAUGAAUGUUGAUACUUCUGGAAUUAUAGUACUGGAGGAAUUGUACAAGAGGUUACUCUCUCGUGGCAUAAAAUUUGCUAUGGUGAACCCAAGGUGGCUAGUAAUUCACAAGCUUAAAGUGGCACACUUUGUAGAUAAAGUUGGGAAAGAAUGGGUUUUCUUUACUGUUGCUGAAGCUGUGGAUGCAUGCUUAUCUUAUAAAUUUGCUAAUCCAUGAUUUGGAACAUGAUUUCAUGGGCCUUUAUCUGUAAUUUAGAAGGUUUCUAUUCUCACCCUCCAAAUUUAACUUCUCGCGCAAAAAACGCUUUACCGAAAUUUUCUGUGUAUUUUUGCGUAAAAAGAAAAACUUGGAGAAUGGGAAGAGAAACUAUUUGUAAUUCAUACGGCAUAAUUGAAAUUACAAAUAGGUCCGUAGAGUUGUGUAUUAUAUAUUUUCUCGUAUAAAAUGUCGCUAUAUAUGUUUUGGAUUGUA